GAGAAGUCUACAGAAAGCGGUGAAGCCAUUUGUGAAGUUGGUCUUGUGUUAGAAAGACGCGUUUCUGUGCACCACUCUCUGCUGUGAGAUUUUACCAAGAGUUUCUUGCAUUUUUUUUCCCAAUAAAAUCCCGUAGAUUUUAUUUUACGGGAAGCACAAAUCUUGGUGAUUACUCUCGGUGAAAUUCGAUAAAUUUGCUAUUUUAGAGUUUAAAAGAGCCGAGACGCUUAAAUCUCACGGAUUUAAUAAUAUUUAGAAAAAAAAGGAUAUUUCGGUGGUGAUUUUGGAGAAUAUACAAAAAAAAUAGAGAAAGAAAUUUAGACUGUUUUUUUACCAAUUUUAUUCCUGGAUAAUUUUCUGGGUGCAUCAGUUGGAAAUUAUAUAUACUUUUUGAGUGUAUCGGCCAUAUUGGUACUUUGGAGAGUUUUUAGGGGCGAAUCUGUAGUUGUGUGCGCGCCCGAGGGAGAUAAAUUUUUCACUGUGUGAACUCGAAAAACGACGCCACCGGUUUUUAACCCAUCACUAAGAAGCGUCGUGCUGAAGAAAUAAGCUCAAGAGUGUUUGUUUUUUGUUUGGUUUUUUGAGAGAGAGAAGAGAGAAGUAAAAAAAAAAGAAAACAUAAACCCUAUUGUGCUAUUUUGCAAAAAUAUAUAAGUGGUAAUAGAAGGUGAAAAUAAAAAUGGCAACAGAAGUUGAUAAUAAGCAAAAUCCAGUGGUGGAGGAGACGGCGCCUGUGGAGAAAAAGGAGGAUACCCCAGCCACCGCGGCGGCUGGUGAGGAACAGAAAACAGGCGAGGGCGGUGGCCAGAACAAUGCCGACAAUCAUACGGAGGCGGCUGCUGCUAAGGCCGAACCACCGGUCAAGUACAGCGUCCACAAGACCAAUUUCGACAAGGAUGUGGUGUAUCUGUAUCAAUUCUCCAGGACACCAUUGCUGCCAUCAUUGUCCCCAUAUUGUCUCAAAGUUGAGACAUGGCUGCGUCUGGCUGGACUCAAAUAUGAGAAUGUGGAUCACAAGACAAAGUAUCGUUCCAAGAAGGGCCUCCUUCCGUUUAUUGAGCUAAACGGUGAAGAGAUCGCCGAUUCGGCUAUCAUCAUCAAGGAGUUGACACAGAAAUUCAAUCAGGACAUCGAUGCUGGUUUGACACAGGAGCAAAAGAAUAUUGCUCAUGCCACAGUCUCAAUGAUUGAGAAUCACCUGGUUUGGGUGCUGUUCUGGUGGCGGACCAAAUUCCCUGAAUCCGUACUCAAAGGCUACAAAGUGAAUCUUCAGCAUGCACUGGGGACACGUAUUCCCAAUGGCAUUCUCAACUUCUUCUUCAAGUUCUCCUAUGGACGCAAGGGUUCGAAGAAAGUCAAAGCCCAAGGAAUGGGUGUGCACAAGCCAGAGGAAAUUGAGGAGUUUGGCAAGCAUGACCUCAAAGUACUCUCCGAUAUGCUCGCGGAUAAACCCUUCUUCUUCGGAGACGAGCCAACAACUCUCGAUGUGGUUUCAUUUGCCGUCCUCUCGCAACUCCAUUUCAUCUCAAAAGAUGUUAAUUUGCCACUCCGGGACUUCAUGUCAGCCUCGUGCCCCAAUCUUGUGGGUCAUGUAUCCCGAAUGAAGGAGCGUUGCUUCCCCGACUGGGACGAAAUCUGCACCAAACUGGACUUGAAUGCACAUCUACCAAAACCAGAACCCGAGGCUAAGGAGGGCAAGGAAGGUGAAACGGAAAAGAAAACUGAACAGGAGAGUGCCGAAACCGAGAAGAUUGAGAAGGAAUUAGAAAAGGACAAAUCCGAUGAGAAGACGGAAAAGGUGGAGGAGAACAAAGAGAAGGAGGAGUCAAAGUAAAUGCGAUGAUGUCAUGAAGAAACGCACAAACAUGGUUUUUCUUAUUAACAUUUUUAAUUAUUACUGUAGAUGAUGAAGGGAGGACAGUAAAGAUGAAGAAUUAGAUGAUUGAAUUAGGCAAAUGCUUAAAGAUAAAUGAAAGGAUGUGGUAUGAGGAUGAGAAAUCCACAUAUAGAAAUGAUUCCAAAACUCUGAAAAAAUAUUUUUUUCUUUUUCAUAAAGAAAAAAAAUAAGGAAGUAUAGAUGAGAAGGAUAUUCAAAGUAAAAAGGAAGAAGAAAAAACAAAAUGGCAAUUUAAAUAUGAGCGAAAUAAAAUAGAAAAUAGAGCAUUAGGAACAAAAUAUUCUCAUGACAACACAUUUUUUUUCUGUGGAAUUAUAUAGAAAUUAUUUUAUAUAUAUUUUUUAUUAUAUAUUAUUUUGUAUAGAAAAUAACACGAGAUAUUUUUUUCAUAUAAGAAAAAGAAAACCUUUCUUUUUUAUAUUUUGCAAUGAAGACGAUGAGAAGAAUCCAUUAAUUUUAAGUCCAAAUAAUACUUGCUAUAAAAACUGUAUUCAUAACCAUAAUGCUAUAAAUUCUUUUGUUUUAAGAAAAGCUGUCAUUUUUGUGCUUUUUUUCGUUUGUUUUAUAACUUCAUGAGAAAUGAAUUUUUUUUGUAACGUGUUUUUUGUCAAUCAUUUUUUUUAGUUAAGAGAAAAUGUAUAGAAAAAUAUUUCCCAUAAAUUUUUGACAUUAUUCUCUUCUUUUUGUCUUUAAUUUUUUUGUGUAAUAGAAAAUAAAAAUUAAUGAGAUUUUUUUUUUGUAACGACGAACAAAUUAAUAAAGACUUGAUUUUCCAAGAUUUUAUUUUCUUUUUAUUUUUUUCUUUCUUUCAAAAAGUCGUUUUUUUGUUCUUCUCACAGCGUAUAAGAUCAAAUGAAAUCAAGUCUCUUGCGUCUUUUUGGAUGAUCUAUAGAAAAAGAAAUCACUGCCAAAUGAUUUUUUGAUGAAUUUUUUAUUUUGUUUUUUAAACAAGUAAAUUUUUACAACCAAAAAAAAACAAUCAUACACUGAGAAUUAUUGAGAAAGGGAAGCUCAAAUUUUUUAGAGAAUCACCAAGAAUUUGGAAGAUAUUCAGGCGAGUUUUCUUUUUCUUUUCCGAGGAGGAAAGUGCGAAAAAAAUCAAACGUCCCACUUGAAGGCAUGUGAGAUGAGAGAUAAAGAAAAUUAUAGCACUUCGCAUUGAGUUUUUUCGUGAAAAAUCGCCCUCUCUCGCUCACUCUCAUGCAAACAUGCAUUUGAGGGAGCGAGAUGAGAAACUACCUCCAUAAAUGUUACGUAAAUGUUGCCAUAAUUAUGGAGAUAUUGGCAUCCUUCUCAUCACCAUUGAGAACAGCUGGGACAAAGUAUGAAUUCUUAAGCACUGUUCACAUGUAAAUAGAUAUUUAAUGCUAUAAAAUAUUAUGGUUACUCCACGCUCUCUGAUUGGCUAAAACUUCGAAAGCUUUGAGAACUUCCAAGCAGCAGUCAAGAAGGGAACACAUUGGACCUAUAAUAUUUAAUGCUAUAAAAUAUUAUGGCUACUCCACGCACUCUCAUUGGCUAAAACUUCGAAAGGUUUGAGAGCUUACAAUAUGCCGCCAAGACGGGAACACGAUGGAUCUAUAAUAUUUGAUGCUAUAAAAUAUUAUGGUUACUCCAAGCUUUCUGAUUGACUAAAGCUUCAAAAGCUUAGAGUGCUUUCAAGCUGCAGCCAAGAAGGGAACACGAUGAACCUAUAAUAUUUAAUGCUAUAAAAUAUUAUGGUUAUUCUACGCUCUCUGAUUGGCUAAAACUUCGAAAGCUUUGAGAGCUUCCAAGCUGCAGCCAAGAAGGGAACACGAUGGACCUAUAAUAUUUAAUGCUAUAAGAUAUUAUGGUUACUCAAAGCUCUCUGAUUGGCUAAAACUUCGAAAGCUUAGAGUGCUUUCAAGUCACAGUCAAGAAGGGAACACAAUUGACCUAUAAUAUUUAUUGCUUAUAAAAAGCGACAAAACUAUAUUUUAUAGCACAAAAUAUUUAAUUGCACGUGUGCAAUGCUUACAUGAAAAAACUCAGUUCGAAACCUAAAAGCAAGAAAAAAAGGAAUAUUGGAAUUAGACAUAACACGUAGAUCAAGUGAAUAAAACCAACUCCGUUUUUAUAGGAAGAGGCAAAUGAAGUAUUGAAGGAGAAAAUCAAAAAAAAAAAAAAUGCGUAAAAAAUAGAAUAUUAAAAAUACUCUCAAGAUAAAAAAAAAUUGAAAAAAAUAUUGCUAUAGACUCGUUUUUUCUAAUGGAAAAAUAUAUAAACUAAACUAUAAAUAGGAAAUGAAAUACAAUGAUGACAUUUUAGACGCUAAUGACAAGUAAAAAAAUUGGUAAUUUUGUGAAUUUGUUUUUUGAAAACAAAUUCCACGUCGCCAUAAUUUUGAGGGGAAUUUUUUUCUGUCAUCGCAAAAGAGGAUUAAAAAGGAAUAUAGAAAAAAAACUAGUAAAAAGUACUGCAAAGAAAAACGCGAGGAAGAAAAAUCCAAAAAAAAAAUGCAAAAGGAUAAAACGAAAUGUUGGAAAUUUGUUUAAAAAAAAAUUGAUAAAAUGUGUAUUUUUAAAAUAUAUUAUAUUGAAACUUGUUUAAAAAAAAAGAGGAUAAAAUUUACUAUAUAAGGUAUUGAGGACAAAAAAAAAUUUGUGAAAUUGUUUAUUUAAAUGAAUAGGGAUGUGAACUUUGCAUUAUUUUUGCUCAAAAUUUUUGCUAUAAAAAAACAUAUUUAAUGUCAAACCUUUUGCCCCUCCCCCAAUUGAGAAAAAAAUCAACAAAUUCCCCUUUUUUCUAAAUGUGUUUUUGCGACUAAGAAUUUUUGUGGAAUGAUAGUGGAAAAAUGCCAAAAAAAAUGAGAAAUUAUCGUGAAAAACUAUUGAGCAAAAAUAAUCAACAAUUUGCAGUACUGGACAAAAGGUGAAACUUGCUAUAAAAUAAAAAGAAAAGCUCCAUGGCACGAAAAGCUGAGAAGGUAAAAUAAAACUAAAAAUUGAGAUAUUAAAUGAAGAAUUAGUAGAUAAAUUUUUUGGAACUAUAUAUACAUAUUAAUAAAAAAAAGUAAAAUAAAAUUGAUAGACACGUAAAAGUUUAAUCCAUUUUAAAUGUUUCAUACACUUAUACAAUUAUAUGAGAGUAAAGGAAGAAAAAAGAGGAAGAUAUUAUAGAGGGAGAUUGAUAUCAUAGAAAAAUAUUCAUUUCAUUGCAAUUGAUAGGAGAUUAAUGAAGAAAACCAGCGAAAAUUUUUACUUUAUCACUUCAUUUUAGUGAACUCUCUUUUUUCGCAUGAAAAAAAAAAUAACCCAAGAUCCGAAGGGAGGUGAAGAAGAAAAAAAACACACAAAAAAUUAUAGAUUAAGUGUGAGCUUGAAUAUGAUAAUUAUUAAUUAAACCAGAAAAAUAUAAAUGUAACCUGUAUUACAUGGAAUAUUGUCAAUAAAAGAAAAUUUCUUGAAAA